AUGAUUACCUCCAUUAUUAUUAUCCUCAGCGCCGUCCUUGGUGUCUCCGCUCAACUCGGCGGCUAUGCCCAUAGGGCUGUCCACCAACGACGGUUCGCCGUCACCAAAGACCCCAUCAUCACAGCCACUACUACUUUCACCAAAUACGUGACCGAGGCUGCCAUUGCUGACGCUAGCUCUUCCAGCGUCGCCGUCACUUACCACGACUUCUGCACCGACAGUAAACCCAAGCGUGCCUCCGCUGAGCAGAUCGCCUACAAGGGUAAUACGGGAACCAGUGACGACUACGGCUGCAACAUUAUAAUGCUCAGCAAUAUUAACGCAGCCUCUCAGUACAAGUACACCGCCAGAUUCAACAACGCCGUCGACCGGGACCAGGCUUGCGUUUGCUUCAACAAGAUCGGCCCCAAUGGUGGUAUCAAUGGCUCUUGGAAGGGCAAUCAUGCCAUCUCCUUCACCCUCGCCGCCAGUGGUACGGAAGUUAUUGCAUUCGAUGACAACUCUCAGGGUGGGUGUGCUUGUAGUGUUGGCACUGAGGUCGUCACUACCGCCAUUGGCCAGUUCGCGGGCACUUGGCUCGAGUUCGACUUUGGCAACGUAUCCAAUGACAACUGGUCUGGUGCUGAUGCCUCCUGCCUGGUCGCUGCCAAGAACGGCCUCGAAACUCCCGCCCUGAAGGUCUGCGGCUCCGGUAUUUGCUCCACCAUAAACAGCGACGGCAGUGGUGAGAACGCUUACGUCAAGGGAAUGGAGGCUGAGGAUGGUGUGGGCCUGAACCUUCCCCCCGGUAAGGUCCGCCUUACUCUCACAGUUGGCGAGUAA